UUUCACACUGAAGCGCAAACCUUUCAAAAACGUUUUCAUUUCAUUUAGAGUUACAGAGUGUUAUUUUUCCUUAAAAUUUUUUAUUGUUCGGAUCAGAGGCGUUGCAGAAGUUUUGAGUUUUAAUCGCUGCCACAACCGGGUGCAGAGUAAGAUGUUCACAGUGGAUGCAGUGCCCAACGAGACUCGAUUAAAUAGCCACUCCCUUGUGUACCGGCUGCUCGCGGCCCAUGAGUGAAUACCAAAAGUUACGCGUCACCGAAACCUAUCGCCUCCUGGCCAUCCUGCCCAGCUCAGCAGUUCAGACACCACGCACCAUCGGUUGCCUACAUCGCCCUAAAUUAGUUCGUCUUAGAGCCCACACCCACGACUGUGAAUUGAAGUUGGGCGCCAGCUACCUGAUCACUGGCUACUUUGCCGGAUCGGCCAGCACCUACCAGCUGGAAGCAUGCCAUCUCAGAAGCGACUAGUGGCCAAAGGCCGCCGUCGGCGCCAGGCCAUUCAGCUGAACGACUUCCUGCGCUGCGAUGAAGAGCAGCCCCAGAGCACCACUCAGUCGCCAUGUCCUUCUGAAUCUCAACCUAAUUCUCAAUCUAAUACUCAGUCCCAGAACCAGAGCCAUAAAUCUCUGAAAGCCGACAACAGCUCCAUAGGCCUUAUUCCCUCAAACGGCCUUGCCGUAAGCGAUGUGUCUCCCAUUUUGACACCCACCGAUCAGGAGAACCCAACUCCAACCAUAUCGCCAUCGAUAAGUGCCACUCCAACUCCGAAUGCCUGGAAAUUGGCUGCGGAAAUCGUGCAGCCCGAGAGCAUCUCUUGUCUGGAUACCGAGGAGUUUCCCGAUUUGGGCAGGCGUUUUAAGCGAGCUAAACAGGCCACGCCACCACCGCAGGCCAAUUCGGAGAACAAUGAACCCAAGGUAUCGCCAAAUUCUCGUCUUCGUCUUCUUGUUCGUGGACGUCGCAGUCGCGCCAUCAAACCGCCGCAACUUGGCCACUUUCUGCCCGAAUCGGUGCCUCCCAUGGCAGGCAGCAGCAGCAGCAACAACAACAAGCAGCAAAUGGUGGCCAACUGGCUGGAUUCAGUGCGUCCCGGCGACUGUCAACAGGGGGCGGAGGGGGGCCAUGAUCAACUAAAGAGUCCUUCGCCCAAGAAGAUUAUCGAUUUGAAAAAGGAGCAGGAACAGAAAGGUGCUGCUUCCCAGGAACGGAAGAAAACGCAGGAUAAGCAGCAGCAGACAAGCCCUGUCAGAAACUUACAGCAGCAGCAAAAGAGUCCUGUGGUUGCUUUAGAAAAGCAGCAGCAGCAGCAGAAAAAGAGUCCUGUGAUUGCUUUCAAAAAGCAGCAGCAGCAUCAUCAGCCAAAGAUCCCAACAAAUCCUCUACAGCAGCAGCCCAAGAUUCCAAACAAUCUUCAAAAGCAGCAGCAGGAGAAAAAUAGUCCUGUGAUUGCUUUAGAAAAGCAGCAGCAACAGCAAAAGAGUCCUGUGAUUGCUUUAGAAAAGAAGCAGCAGCAGCAGCAGCCAAAGAUCCCAGCAAACCCUCUACAGCAGCAGUCCAAGAUUUCAAACAAUCUCCAAAAGCAGCAGCAGCAGGAGAAAAAUAUUCCUGUGAUUGCUUUAGAAAAGCAGCAGCAGCAAAAGCAACAGCAGCAGCAGUCAAAGAGCCCAGCAAAUCCUCUACAGCAGCAGCCCAAGAUUCCAGACAAUCUCCACGAGCUGCAGCAGCAGCAGCAGCAGCAGCAGCAAAAGAGCCCUGUGAUUGCUUUAGAAAAGAAGCAGCAGCAGCAGCCCAAGAUUCCAGACAAUCUUCACCAGCAGCAGCAGCAGCCAAAGAGUUCUGACAAUUCUCUGCAGCCCAAGAAGCCUGGCCAUCCAAGCCCCAGUUGCUCGCACAGCCAGCAGACUCCACCGCGAGCUCAUGAAGUCGACGAUGUGGUGCCCCCCACACCAAAUGUUCCCAGCCAAAGCCGCAGAUUUCCGCGUCGCUACGACAACAAGGAGAGCAGUCCACAGUUGCCCAGCCAGACCUUGGAGCGCUCCUCGCCAGAGGCAUCGCCGCGUCGUCAGUUGGCCAUGCGCAGCGUGCUGAACUGGGAUGCCCAGGAGUUCCGUCCCAGGUUGCAGCUGCAGCGAGCGACCGGAGGCUCAUCGAUUCAGCCGGAUGAGGCUGAGCAGCCAGAUGAGGCUGAGCAGCCAGAUGAGGCUGAGCAGCCGGAUGAGGCGGAUCAGCUGGAGCAGCUCGACCAGAUGGAUGAGGCGGAUCAGCUGGAGCAGCUCGACCAGAUGGAUGAGGCGGAUCAGCUGGAGCAGCUGGAACAGAUGGAACAGAUGGAUGAGGCGUAUCAGCUGGAGCAGCUGGAACAGAUGGAUGAGGCGUAUCAGCCGGAUGAGUUGGAGGAACCUGAUGGGCCAGUUGUGCCGGAGUACCAUUACGUGGAGUCCAGAAUGAGCAGGAGACGCCGUCGCCAGCGUUUUCGGCGCCUGGUGUCGAUGCGCAUUCAAAGUCGACUUGGCCAAGGACGGCCGCCCACACCCUCUUACUAUAGCAACAGUGUCCCGGCUCUGGCAGCAGCUCCUCGUACUUUUCCUCCUCGUCCUCGGCCGCUGCCGCCGCCGCCCUAUUAUCGUCCUCAACUGGUGGACAACAUGAUGCCGCCGCCCAACAUCCAUGUGACUGUCGGCAACAAUGCGCCGUCCUUGAUCUACUACCAACCGCUGUCGGGGCACAUUUGGAGCUUGUCCUCGCCGCCGCCGCCACCGGGGCAGAUUCCCAUCGACAUACGGAACAGGAAUGCCAGCCAGUCGGUUUUUCGGCUUGCCAGCCUCCCGUGCACCGGUGUGGGCACCCCCGCUACGGAUAUCUCUACCGCAUGGUCAUCCCGCCGCGCCCCCUCCAGGUCCACCUCGUGCCGCAGCCACCUCCUGCCGUCCAGUAUCUCCUGCCUCAGUUCGGAGGAUCAAGUGCCGGAUUUGGGUAUCAGCCAGGAUUUGGCUAUCAGCCAGGAUUUGGCUAUCAGCCAGGAUUUGGCUAUCAGCCGGGAUUUGGCUAUCAGCCAGGAUUUGGCUAUCAGCGAGGACAACGAGGACCUUUUGUACAGCAGGACACUGCUGGAUAUGGAUACCCAGGUGGAGGAGCUGGAGGAGGACCAGGACCAGGGGGAGGAGGACCAGAACCAGGGGGAGGAGGACCAGGAGGAGGAGGACCAGGAGGAGGAGGCGUAUCCGCGGGAAUGGGAAGCGCAGCUGGUCGACGACCCAGAAGACGAAGAAAUCGCCGACCGCGCCGAGCGCGCCGAGCCCCACAAGAUAUUCCGUGCACCGGCUGAGCACGACCAGGAGUACCCCCCGCCGGACAUGAACUGUGUGCCGCUGAGCGUAAAGAAGCUGCAUCGCCUGAUCACCGGGUCGUACUCCGACUACGCCUUCGUCUACGCCCUGAGCGCGCAGCUCAGCCAGGAGUGCAUGCCCAUGGACUGCUAUGUGUACCUCAAGAUGGUGCUGCUGGCCAGCAUCGUUUCGAUUGAGCCCGACGAGCUGCGUGCCCCCAUCUCGCUGUGCGUCAUUGCCACCGACGGUGUGAUGGCCAAUCGUUUGAUGCACCACGUGGGCCAGUUGGCGCCACGUUUCCUGGGGCCACACGACUAUGGACUGCAGCCGGGCUUCAGUGGCCUGCCCACCCGGUCCCCCUGGGUGGUGGCCAGUCCGCUGCUGAUGGCCCAGCAGGGCGUCUACUACGUGGGCGACUGGACGCGUCUGUCCAAGGAUCAGGGCAGCCAGCUGGAGAAGUGCAUCGAGAAUGGAGCGGUGCCGGUGCCGCAGCUGCAGAUCGAGCAGGACUUGGAGGCAGCCAUCUGGAUGCACUGGCGACCCGAGAAUUCCACCAAUCAGACACUGGCUUUGGCCAAAUUGUGCCCCAUCUUUGGGCUGCCCAUUUAUAUGGGCGAUCAGGUCAGCGACAGCCUAUGGAACUUCAUCAUCCAGCAGCACAGCGAUGAGGGACCGAAUGCGGCCCACGAUGGCCUCAACAUUCCCGAGGACGACAUGCGGAUGCUCCUGCACCUGCUGCACCAGCGCAAGAUCUCGUUUAGCGAGCGGGCCCAGUAUAUGCUGGAAAAAUACUAUGUCAUCUCCAGGCAGGAGCGACCGGCCGUCUUCACCAGCAAGACGUACAUUGUUCUGAAGCAGUUUGCAGAAUCCUUCGCCAAACUGGCCCUGCGCCUGGUGGUCCUCGAAUCGGACGUUUGUGUGGCCAUUUUCCACUGCGAGCACUUCGUGCAGCGCAUGUUCGGGAGCAAGGCGGAGCAGCUGGCUCCGCCGGCGGUGAUCGCCUUCAGUGUGAUCUCCCGCAUCGAUCCGUACAUGAACGAGUUUGCCCGCUGGCUGCUGCAGUAUCUGGAUCGCUAUGAGGACGAGCAACUGGGGCUGCAGGUCGCCAAGCGGCGACGCACCGACAGCUGGGACCUGCCCUAAACUGCACUCCACUUGGGCACUGCUAUUAGUCCGCCAACAACGAUCGCCAUUGAUUUGGAUCAACUCUUAGAUUUAUAGCCAACAGACGCUCACACAGUUAUAUUUUGAAUACCUUUGUAGUUUUGUAUGGAUGAAUUUACAACAUUUGUGUUUGUAAACAAAAUUGGCCCUGAGGCCAGACAAUAGUGCCUCUAAAGUAUAUUCACCAUUUGCUCACAACAAACACCAACACCAGAAAAUGUUCAAGAGCAAAGUCUAAAUUUGUAAACAUUUUCAUCUUCACCCCUUAUAUUUUCUUGAUACACUUGAUACAUUCGGUAUAUGUUUUGUACUUAUCGCCUGGCAAUCGUUCUUUGCGCGAUAAUCAAAUAACUAAGUUUGCAUAAUCUUGUAGCCGUUUGUUAUCUCACAUAAUUUGCUAUGUUUUGGUAAUCAAAAUUGUUUUCGGUUCAAAUAUUAAAUUAAAUGUGUGGCCAAACAAAUAUAUAUAUUUGAUUUUAAUUCAUAAUAUUCUAAUAUUUUAAGCCAUGUGAUAAUAUAUAGUAUUAUCUUAGAAGAAGAAAUCCACAGGUUAUUUUCGUAAAAACUCCCAAAGCUCUAAUCCAAUCAUAAAAUAUGAGACUAAAUAUUGGAUUUACAAUAAAAACACAAAAGGUGCCUUAAUUUAGAAUUGAUUUUUCAAUUCAACAUGAAACAAAAUGGUUGAAAAGUUAAAAUAUGUAUAUAGUACUUCAGAAAUCAUAAAAGGUUAUACGAAGUAUUGUAUUUGAAAAAAAAAAAUAUGAGACUAAAAAUUGCAUUUACAACACAAGAACACAAAAGGUACCUUCAUUUAAAUUUUGUUUUUUUUUUCAUUCAACAUGAAAAGUUAAAAAAUGUAUAUAGUACUUCAAAAUCAUAAAAGAUUAAACGAAGUAUGGUAUUUCAAAUAAAAAAAUAUGUGACUAAAAAUUGCAUUUACAAUCAGAACACUAAGAGUACCAACAUUAAACAUGUUUUUCAAUUACUACAUUAAAAAAAGAAUACUUUCAAAAACCAUAAAAGGUUACACAACACUAAUUUAACGCUUUAAAAAAUAUAUAUUCCUUCACAUUUCCAUUUCAAUAUUUUGAUGAAUACAUAUAUUUUUUUUUGAUUUAAUCUACUACAUU